AUGAGUCCAUGUGCAGUACCAGUAUUGCUUGUGCCAAAGAAAGAUGGGUCAUGGAGAAUGUGCUUGGAUUGCAGAGCCAUCAAUAACAUAACGUUGUACUCUCUUGUUCGGGAGUUGGAGACAUGGCAACACUACUCGUGGCCAAAGGAGUUUGUUGUUCACAUCGAUCAUGAAUUAUUGAAACACUUGCGGAGUCAAGGAAAGUUGAACAAAAGGCAUGCUAGAUGGAUGGAGUUCAUUGAGACAUUUUUGUAUGUCAUCGAGCACAAGCAAGAUAAAGAAAAUGUAGUAGUAGAUGCGUUAUCUCGAAGGUAUGCCUUAAUAACUUCUUUAAAUGCUAGAUUGCUUUGUUUUGAACAUAUUAAGAGCAUGUAUGAAACCGAUUUAGAUUUUUUCGAUAUUUACAAAUCUUGUGAAAAGGUGGCUGUUGAUAAGUUCUUUAGGCAUGAGGGUUAUUUAUUUCGAGAAAAUAAGUUAUGUGUUCCUAAUUGUUCAAUAGGAGAUUUGUUAGUGAGAGAAGCACAUAGUGGUGGACUGAUGUGA